UCCGCUUCAGGAGCAUGAGAACUUAAUAUUUGGCGAGUUAAACGCGACGCAAAAUUCAGUCGAAAUGGAUUGGAGUGAUGAUGGAUAUAACGAGCAACUAUAUAGACUUAUGGAGAAUUAUGAGGGGUGGGGUAGUGAUUUUGAUGAAAUUAAUGAGUUGUUUUUAAAAAAACAUAAUAAAUAAUAUUUUUAUUAACAUACAUACUGGAAUUAUUAUUUCGUUUAUACGCGGGAUAUUUUAUGUGAUAACAUAUUUCGGUAAACCAUUAAAUGAUAACACAAUAUAUAUUUACGAGCGUCUCGGGAGCAAAAUUGCGCAACCAAUCAGAGGUGUUCACAUUUCUUAUCAAUAUUUGUUAAAAUCACACUUCUUAUCUUUGUUGACAACGAGGUGAUAAUAUAUUGAUAUUAUUUUAUUCUGUGAUAUAAUCUUACAGGUGUUAUACUUAAUUAUUAAUAUUAUAUUAUUAACUAUUAUUAAUUACUAUUUACUUUUAAUUAUAAUAAUAAUAUGGAAGAGUUGGAAAUUGGAACCGGUAACAUGGAAGAGCUUAAGUGCUUAGUUUGUAAUAAAUAUUUCAGUUACAAAAGAACUUUAAAGCGACAUUCAAUUACUUGUGGCUCUAAGGAAUCAAAAAAUAUUAAUAGCGUGCAAUGCCCUGAUUUGUCGUGUCAUAAAUUAUUCACGAACAAAAAAAUGUUAAAAUGUCAUAUAGAGUCAGACCAUGGUGUGAGAUUACAAAAUGAACAAAAAACGUUUGCAACUCUUCAUGAUUUCAAAGAAUGGAAAUUAAAAACAGAAGAAGAUAAUUUAUGUUUUUAUGCCUUAAGUGCUCGUAAGACUGUCGGACAGAAUAAAAACAUUACAUACCUGGAUUGUCAUCGAACUGUUAAAAAAAAACGUAGUGAUAAUAACUCCUUUCUAACUGUUGAUGAGUACAAUAUUCGUAUUGAACAAUUAAAUCAUUCAAAAUUUGUGUUGCAAACACCAGGAGAAAAAAAAGUCUAUGAAAGAUUAUCGUAUGGUACGUAA